AUGCACAUUGAAGAGAUCAUCCUCGACGGGUUCAAGUCGUACGCGACGCGCACGGUCAUCAGCGGGUUCGACCCUCGCUUCAACGCCAUCACGGGGCUCAAUGGUAGCGGCAAGUCGAACGUGCUGGACGCCAUUUGCUUCGUCUUGGGCAUCACCAACUUGUCGCAAGUGCGCGCGAACAACCUGCAGGAACUCGUGUACAAACAGGGCCAAGCAGGCGUGACCAAAGCCAGUGUCACGAUCGUGUUCAACAACCAGGACGCCAAAGCUUCGCCCGUGGGCUACGAGCAGUACGAGCAGAUGUCCGUGGCUCGCCAAGUCGUGAUUGGCGGACGCAACAAGUACCUGAUCAAUGGCCACACGGCCCAAGUGAGUCAAGUGCAGAACCUCUUUCACUCGGUGCAGCUUAACGUGAACAACCCGCACUUUCUGAUCAUGCAAGGCCGGAUCACAAAGGUCUUGAAUAUGAAGCCACCCGAGAUCCUAGGCAUGAUUGAAGAAGCGGCGGGCACAAGGAUGUACGAGAACAAGAAGCUCGCGGCACUCAAGACCAUGACCAAGAAGGAGAAGAAGGUGGAGGAGAUCAAUAGCAUCUUGGCCAACGAGAUCACGCCGACGCUCGAGAAAUUGCGGGCCGAGAAAACGCACUACUUGAAGUGGGCCGCUAAUAACACUGAGAUGGAGCGCCUUCAGCGCUUUUGUGUCGCUUUUGACUACCAAAAAGCACAAGACGCGUUGAAGAAUACAGCGCAGCAUGUGGAAAAGAUGCAGCAGGCGCAGCGAGCUCUGAAGGAAGAAGAAGGACGGAUUGAACGCGAGAUUGAAGAGGUGGAAGACGAGGUCGAGGUACUGCAGCAACAGCGAGAGAAGGAAAUGGGCAAAGAGUUUCAGCAGCUGAAAGAUAAUGUGGAAAAGAUUGGUAAGGACGUGGUCAAGUUUACCACCAAGUUGGAACAUUGCAAGGCCUCAAUCGAGCAGCAAGUGAGUGCGUUAGCAGGCGUAAACGAGCAACGAGCAGAGACGGAAGAGACCAUGUCUAAGUUGGCAACAGAUAUUGAGAAAGCUAAAGCGAAGGUGACCCGCAUUGAAGCGAUGUACACGGCCAAACAAACAGAGGCAAACGAUUACCAGCGCCAGAUCCAGGCACUGAAUGCUGGUAUGGAGCAGAGUGGACAAAGCGAUGAGUCUCUGUCGGAGCGCCUCGUGUCAAAACAGCGAGAGUUGCAGGAGAACAACACUGCGAUCAAGCAGAUCAACUUGAAGCUGAAGCACAUGGAGGAAAGCAUUAAGCACAAGCGUCGUGAAAUUGAGCAAACACGCAAGAACAACCGCAGUAUGGACGAAGAGCGUAAGCACAAGAUCGGUGAGCUGCAGCAUAUGCAGCAGAAACUUGAUCAACUUACGAGUAGCUUCGAUCCCGACGAGGAGCGCCAGCUUCAUGACCGCGUUAGUGGGCUGCAGCAGAAGAUUGUGCGCGCUGAAAGGGAAGUGGAUGAGAUUUCAUCAGGGCUGUCGUCCCGAUUGGAUUUCAAGUACACGGACCCUUACCGCAAUUUUGACAGACAGAGCGUAAUGGGUGUGCUGAUUAACCUGCUUGAGACGAAGAACGAGUGGUCUGCACUUGCUUUAGAAAUUGCUGCCGGUGGAAAGCUUUAUCAGAUCGUGGUAGACAAUGAGAAGACCGCCAAGGACAUUCUCAAGUUUGGCCGUCUCAUGAACCGAGUCACAAUUAUCCCGCUCAACCGCAUCUCGCGCAAGACAGUGGACCGUCACAAAAUGGACAAGGCUCGACAGGUAGCCCACCAGCAAGGUGGCAAAGUGUGGGAAGCGAUGGAAUUGAUUCACUUCAAGUCGGAGCUCCUUCCGGCGAUGGAGUAUGCAUUCGGCUCAUCUAUUAUCUGUGAAACAAGUGAGCUUGCGAAGAAUGUUACGUUCCACAGGGAUAUCAAGGUCAAGACGGUGACCCUCGAUGGCGAUUCGUUUGAUCCAGCAGGUACGCUUCAAGGAGGUUCUACGCCAUCCAGUGGCACUCCGAUCCUUCUGAAGCUUCAUCAAUUGAUCAACCACACCCGGGAGGUCAGUGAUAUGCGACGGGAGUGCCAGGAAAGUUCACGACUCUUGGAUGAAAUGAAACAGGAUUCUGGUCGCUUUCGUCAACUGGAAAAACAGAUUGAGCUGAAAGAGCACGAGCUGCGCUUGCUUGAUGAGCGUAUUGCGGGUAGUGUUUUUGCCCAGUUGGAACGCGACGUUGCUGCAUCCGAAGAGCAGUAUGCUCAGGAUAAAGAGCUUUUGGUUGCUAAAAACGAAGCUGUCGUUCAGUUGGCGGAGGAGGUGAAGAUUCUGGACACUGACAUUGCGAACCUGAAGGAGUCGCGACAAUCAAAGAUUGGUGUUCUGGAGAAGCGAUUCGCCGAGGCCAAAAAGGAGACUCAAAAGGUUGAUGUGGAUCUUAAGGCUGCUCAGCAAGAGCUAUCAGAGUUGGUGCUGGAAUUGGAAUCUACUGAGCAGGAGCUUGCAGGGAACAACGAAAAUAUAUCCAGCAUUCAAAAAGAGCUUGCUGCGCUAAACAACGAAAAGAAGAAGGUGGAAGACAAGCUGGCUGAAAUCCAGGGUACGUACGAGAAUGCCUCCAAGAAGCUUGAAGAGCGACGCAGCCAUUUGACUCUGUGUGACCAUCAACUUAAGGAAUUGAGUGCACGUCAGAGUGCUCUCUCGAAAAAGAAAAGUGAUCUGGAGAUUGAACGCAAGAAGGCGGAGCACAAAAUAUCUCGAACGGCUAAAGACGAAGGCGAUGCCAAGGUGAUGGUAAAGAAGUUGGAGAAAGCACACCCGUGGAUUGAAAGUGAGAAGGAAUUCUUCGGACGUGAACACACCGACUAUGACUUCCAGCGUCGAGAUCCUUCAAGUGCGAAUCGCCGUCUGCUGGAAUUGAAGGAAACGCAAGGUGCUUUGUCGAAGAAGAUUAACAAAAAAGUCAUGGGUAUGAUUGAGAAGGCCGAGCAAGAGUAUCAAGGUCUCAUGAAUAAGCGUCACAUCAUCGAGAACGACAAGGAGAAAAUUACAUCCGUUAUCAAGGAGCUUGACGCGAAGAAGAACGAGGCUCUUCAGACAACAUGGGUGAAGGUCAACAAGGACUUUGGCUCCAUCUUCGGCACACUGCUACCUGGAACGCACGCGAAACUGGACCCACCUACAAACGGGACCAUUCUGGACGGCCUUCAAGUGCGCGUAUCGUUUGGUGGUGUGUGGAAAGAGAGCUUGACGGAGCUGAGUGGUGGCCAGCGCUCGCUACUUGCGCUGUCACUCAUUUUGUCGCUUCUACUCUUCAAGCCUGCACCGAUGUACAUUCUUGACGAAGUCGAUGCUGCGCUGGAUCUGUCGCACACCCAGAACAUCGGCCAGAUGAUUCGGUCCCACUUCUCGCACUCACAGUUCAUCGUAGUGUCACUGAAGGAGGGCAUGUUCAACAACGCCAACGUUGUGUUCCGGACCAAGUUUGUUGACGGCGUAUCGACGGUGAUCCGUACAGUGCCGAAAUCGCGUGCUCGGUAA